AUGGAGAGGACAGACGUGAACGGGAGCAUGAACAUCACUGAGGGUUUUGGAGAGCUUGGCUCCUCUCUCAGCUCUCAGCUCAUCACCUCACUGCUGCUCGGAGCACUUAUUCUCUUUGCCAUAUUGGGAAACACGUGUGUCAUCGCCAUCAUUGCUUUGGAACGAUCUCUCCAGAAUGUGACUAAUUACUUAAUUGGGUCGUUAGCCGUCACAGACCUCAUGGUGUCAGUCUUGGUUCUGCCCAUGGCUGCUCUCUAUCAGGUUCUGGACAAGUGGACUUUGGGUCAGGAAAUCUGUGAUCUAUUUAUCGCUCUGGAUGUUUUGUGCUGCACGUCUUCUAUCCUUCACCUGUGCGCCAUUGCGCUGGAUCGCUAUUGGACCAUCACCGACCCGAUCGACUACGUGAACAAACGGACCCCUAAACGUGCCGCUGUGUUAAUCAGCCUCACAUGGAUCAUUGGAUUCUCCAUCUCCAUCCCACCGAUGAUGGGAUGGAGGAAGCCUGAGGAUCGCUCCGACCCCAACGCAUGCUCCAUCAGCCAGGAUCCAGUGUACACCGUCUACUCCACCUUCGGUGCUUUCUACCUCCCGCUCGUCAUCAUGCUCAUACUUUACGGACGCAUUUUUAGAGCUGCCAGAUUUCGCAUCCGGAAAAACGUCGGGAAGUGUCGGAGGGUGUCGGCUAGGAUCCCAGACCAUGAUGAAAUCUCAGUGAAGAUCAGCACCAGUGGAGCUGCAAAACCCAAAACAGAGUUCAUGGAACUGAGAGCAGAGAACUGUAAGCGCCACAUCUCGCUUUUUGAGCAAAAGGACUGGAGGAGCUUGGACACGAAAAGAAAAGCAGCUCUGGCACGGGAGCGGAGGGCAGUAAAGACGCUCGGCAUCAUCAUGGGGACCUUCAUCCUGUGCUGGCUGCCUUUCUUCACGGUGGCGCUAGUGCUGCCUUUCUGUAAGUCAGGAUGCUCGAUGCCCGACUGGCUCGCAGACGUCAUAAACUGGCUCGGAUACUCCAACUCCCUCCUCAACCCCGUCAUCUACGCCUACUUCAAUAAAGACUUCCAGAAAACGUUCAAGAAAAUUGUAAGAUGCAAAUGUUUUAGGCUGUGA